AUGUCGAAGAGAACAUUGUUCACCUAUUAUUCAAGCAGUAGCAGCACUCCUACUCCUCCAGAAACUAAUGCAAGGCCCCCAAAAAACCGCAGAGUAGAAUUUUGUGCAUCAGAUAUCAUUAGUGACCCUGGAUUGCGCAAGCCAAUUGAUGAGUAUCCGUUUGAGAUUAGAGAUCAAGUUAAGAGGGCAUAUGCUUUGAGGGGUCCAACUCAACAACCAGUUGGCUUUACAUUUCCUCGCUCAUGGCAAAGUGGUGAAUGGAGAUCUUUUCAGCAGCAUUGGUUUGGGACUUAUGAUUUGCUGGAGUAUAGUGAGUCAAAGGAUGCAGCAUUUUGUUUUUAUUGUUAUCUUUUCUUUGAGCCAGGAAAGCCCGAUAAAUGGGGGAGCAGUGUCUUUGCAAAGGUCGGUAUAGACAAAUGGAAGGAGGCUUUGGAAAAAUUUGAUAAACAUGAUGCUUCACAUUCUCAUUGUAAUGCAAGACUGAAGUGCGAUGACUUUAUGAAUCAAAGAACAAGUGUCACUCGGAAAUUUGAAAAGCAAAGUAAGGAGGAAUAUAAUCGAUACAAGACUCGCUUGUCAUCUUCUUUAGAUGUUGCAAGGUUCCUCAUACAACAAGGUGAUGCUUUCCGUGGACACGAUGAGUCCUCUACUUCGCUCAACAAGGGAACAUUCGGAGAGAUGAUUGACUGGUACAAAGACAAGGUCGAAGUGGUUAAGGAUGCAUAUGAUAAAGGCUCUAAAAAUUGCCAGAUGUUGUCUCCUUUUAUUCAGAAGGAUCUUACAAAAGCUUGUGCAGAAGAAGUCACAUCAGUGAUUAUGGAUGAGAUUCGUGGCAGGCGAUUCUCGGUGCUUAUUGAUGAGUCUCGAGAUGUAUCUAUAAAGGAGCAAAUGGCUAUGGUUCUGAGGUUUGUGAAUGAUGAAGGAAAGGUGCUAGAGAGAUUUCUUGGACUUAAACAUAUUGGGAAAUGUACAUCUAUUGCAUUGAAAGAAGCUUUGGUCGGUAUGAUUUCUAGCCACAAGUUAAGCAUGCGUAUGAUUCAUGGACAAGGUUAUGAUGGAGCUUCCAAUAUGAGAGGUGAAUUUAAUGGCGUGCAGAAAUUGGUUCGUGAUCAAAAUCCUUAUGCCUUCUAUGUGCAUUGUUUUGCCCAUCAAUUGCAAUUAGUGGUUGUCGCCGUUUCAACUUCUACUCCAGCUAUUGCAGAUUUUUUUUAACUAUGUCCCUUUGAUAGUCAAUACUGUGGGUGCAUCUUGUAUGAGAAAGGAUAUCUUGCUUGCAAAACACCAUGAUAGUUUGUUAGAAAAAUUAGAGAAUUGUGAGAUUGCCACCGGAAGAGGUUUAAACCAAGAAAGUAGCCUUGCUAGGCCUGGAGAUACUAGAUGGGGCUCCCAUCUUAAAACAUUGCUUCGUAUUUUGGUUAUGUGGGAGGCUAUAUUGGAGGUGCUUGAGAUUGUGAAGAAAGAUUCCAUUAAACCUACAUGUACUAGUGGUGCUUUUGGUCUGAUUAGUAAAAUGGAAAGCUUUGAUUUUGUGUUCAUCAUGCAUUUGAUGAUUGAAAUAUUGAGCACCACAGAUACUUUGUCACGUGCUUUGCAAAGAAAGGAUCAAGAUAUUGUCGA